CAGACUCUGAACUGAAGCUAGCCGCCCUGCGCUUUGAAAAGGGAAAUAACAGGAACAGACGUGUGUAGAAUUGUUUGGUUUAUCACUGCAAGAAUUUCAGAUUAAAUCAUAUCUAUGCAUAUUAUUCCGAGCCGAAACCAUAAACUGUAAAUACAAUUUGUCCUGAGCGGCGGCAACGGUUGACAUUUAAGCUAACGAGAAUGAUGCCUCCAGCCUUCUAGAAAAGCUAACAGCUUUAGCCGCAUCCGCUGUAGCGGUAGCAACGGUUAAUUAGCCUACGAAAUGGCAGACUUUGGACGCUAAUCAUUCGUUUUUAGCUUAGUUGAAGACGGAAGGGGUAAUUUGGUUUUAUUUUUGACGAAUGCUAAUUGUUCCUAUCGAUUCAACGGCGACAUACGAUAAUGCGGCUAACUUUUAAGUUUGACAUAGACCUUUCAACGUUAGGGCUGUUUUACUCUUAGGAUUUUAUUAUUGAUGGUUACAAUAUUAAUAGCACUGUAGUGUUUUUUUUUUCUUCGUUUAAUAGCAAGCUAGCUGUAGUGGUGUUUGCUGUGUGCAGAGCACCGAGCCAGCAGUUGUGCACCAUGAUGAGUUCGGUGUGCGGUUACGUUAGCCUGCAACACCUUAGCCUGUGUUAGCAUAGAAUCUACUAGCAACAAACUAAUGUUGGCCUGUUACGGUCAAUUGAUCGGCAACUGAAUAAAGUGAAGGACACAUCUGAGCCAGACUAACAUGGCUUCAGAUGAAUCAUCUCUUCGUGCAUUGGAGAACCUGAUGACAGAGUUCUUUCACAGUUGCACGACUAAUGAGAGGAAACGGGAAAUAGAAGAGCUGCUGAACAAUUUCGCUCAGCAGACUGGGGCAUGGCGCCAUUGCUUGUUCUUCCUCUCCAAUACUCGGAACGAGUAUGUCAUGAUGUACAGUCUCACAGUGUUCGAAAACCUGGUCAACAAAAUGUGGAUUGGAUUAGCCUCACAAGACAAGAUGGAGAUACGCAGCUGUCUUCCCAAACUCCUACUUGCUCAGCAUAAGUCUGUGCCGUAUUUCAUCCGCAACAAACUCUGCAAAGUCAUUGUUGACAUCGGUCGUCAAGACUGGCCCAUGUUUUACCAUGAUUUCUUCACCAGCACCCUUCAGCUGAUCCAGACCCCAGCUCUUGCUCCAUUAGGGUUAGUGAUGCUGAAAACCACAUCAGAGGAACUCGCUUGUCCUCGAGAAGACCUCAGCGUUGCCAGGAAGGACGAGCUCCGUAAACUGCUGCUCGAGCAGGUACCAACAGUCCUUGGACUGCUGACAGGUAUCUUGGAGACCUACUGGGAUAAGCACAGCGUCAUUACUUCUACUCCACCUCCAUCACCCACUUCAAGAGAAGGUGUGGAAUUGCUGGGCAGUUUGUUUCAGGGCAGCCAAUACUCAAAGCUGCUUUGUCAGCCUAUGGCUGCAUUGGACAAUGAGAGUCAUCAGCUCUGUUGUCUUGUUUUGGAGUGCUUGGCUCACCUGUUCAGCUGGAUCCCACUGUCCACAAGUAUUACACCCACCCUGCUGGCAUCCAUUUUCCACUUCACACGUUUUGGUUGCGAUCUACGGACAAAGGCCAAGACGGGACCUCUCAUCUCCUCUACUUCUAAUGGACAGCUCAACCCUGAGACGAUGCGAACGUCGAAUGGGGACAGCCGAAACGGACAGCAGAGUGAGAUUAAUAAAGCGGAUCGUGCUCGGCUUGGCGUGCUUGCCAUGACCUGUGUCAAUGAACUGAUGUCAAAGAACUGUGUGCCAAUGGACUUUGAGGAGUACUUGCUGCGGAUGUUCCAGCAGACAUUCUUUCUUCUGCAAAGGCUGACACGAGAGAACAAUGCUCAUACAGUCAAGAGCCGCUUGCAGGAGCUUGAUGAGAGUUACUUGGAAAAGUUUACAGAUUUUCUGCGCCUGUUUGUGAGCGUUCACUUGAGAAGGAUUGAGUCGAGUCCUCAGUUUCCAAUUGUAGAGUUUCUUGGUCUGCUUUUUAAGUACACCUUCAACCAGCCCACGCAUGAGGGAUACUUCGCUUGUUUGGACAUUUGGAGUGUGUUUUUGGAUUUUUUAACAACCAAGAUAAAAAGCAGACUUGCUGACAGAGAAAGUGUACUCGAUAGGUACAAAGAUGCCUUAGUUCUCCUUCUGAGGGAAGUUCUCAACCGCAUCCAGUUUCGGUAUAACCAGGCUCAGUUGGAGGAGCUGGAUGAUGAGACUUUGGAUGAUGAUCAACAGACGGAGUGGCAAAGGUUUCUACGUCAGAGUCUGGAGGUGGUUGCCAAGGUGAUGGAACUGCUCCCAUCCCAUGCAUUUUCUACCCUGUUUCCAGUCCUGCAAGAAAAUUUGGAUGUAUACCUUGGUUUGCGGCAGUUUAUCAUCACCACUGGAUCCGGUCGAAGGCUGAACAUAACUGCAGAGAACGACUGUCGCCGACUCCACUGCUCGCUCAGGGACCUCAGCUCGCUGCUACAGGCUGUAGGACGCCUAGCUGAGCACUUCAUCGGAGAGGUGUUUGCUGCACGUUUCACUGAUGCUCUUGCUGUGGUGGAGAGGUUGGUUGAAGUAACUUGCUAUGGCUCUCAGACCGGCCUUUAUGACCUGGAGACAGCUGUGCCUUCUGUGCUCAAACCUGACCUCACUGACGUACAUGCACAGGCUCUUGCUGCUUUGCAAGCCUAUUCCCACUGGCUGGCUCAGUUCUACAGCGAAGUCCACAAUCAGAACCAGAGCCAGUUCAUCAACCUCAUUACUUCUGCUGUAAAUGCCAGCAGCCCGCUCAUCACAACUAAGGUACCUGAAAAGUUGCUGCUCUCAUCAAGCUGCCUGAUGGUUUCCAUCACUGCUACGGUGAGGCCGGUGUUUUUGGUCUCUUUACCAGCUGUCCAGAACAUCUUCAACCGGAUUACUACAGAGAAUCAGGCCCAGAGACUUCCCCAAGAGGCUCACAUUCUGGUGUGCAGAGCUCUGUCCAACAUGCUGCUGCUUCCAUGGCCAAAUCUCCCAGAGAGCGAGCAGCAAUGGCACACACGCUCCAACAGUCAUGCCAGCUUAGUGGCCGCUCUUACACGAGAAUAUCGUAUUUUAAGAGGAACUGUAAACAUUAGUCCAAGACAACCGGGUCUGGAUAAUGUGAAAGCAGUGAUUCAGCAGACUCUGCCUGUGCUCAGGGAUAUAGUAGACAGCAUCUCAGGGGAGUCCACCAAAUCCCGUCAGAUCUGUUACCAGAGUCUGCAGGAGUCGGUCCAAGUGACUCUCAACCUGUUCCCAGUUUUUAUUCAGCAGCCAGAUGUGACAGAUGAGGUCCUGGCCUUCUUCCUGACACUCUUUCAAGCAUUGCGAGUCCAAAUGGGCGUUGCCUUCACAGGGCAGAUCAUCCACACUUUCCUCAGCAUGUUCACAAGGGAGCAACUGGCUGCCAGUAUUUUACAAGAAGGUAGCGCCGGAUGUAGGGUUGUGCAGAAGUUCCUGAAAAUUCUGCAGGUGGUGGUGCAAGAACCGGGUCAGGCUUUCAAGCCCUUCCUGCCCAGCAUCCUCUCUUUGUGCAUGGAGCAGGUCUACCCAGUUGUGGCAGAGCGGUCCUCACCAGAUGUCAAAGCAGAAAUGUUUGAGUUGCUUUACCAAAUACUUCACCAAAACUGGAGGUACUUCUUCAAAACCUCAGUCUUAACAAGCGUCCAAAGAGGAGGUGUUGACGACGCCAUGGAGAACGAGGCCCAGUUCACAGCAGCCAUGCAGGCGUUUGGCCAGUCCUUCCUGCAGACAGAUAUCCACAUCUUUAAGCAGAAUCUCUCCUAUCUGGAGUCUCUGAACAGCAAGCACAAGUUAUAUCACAGAAAGCUUUUCCGGACCUCGAUGCUCUUCCACUUCAUCAACGUACUCCUGCAGGUCCUCCUCCACAAAAGUCAUGACCUCCUGCAGGAGGAAAUAACCCUUGCCAUUUACAACAUGGCUUCCGUUGACUUCGAUGCCUUCUACUCGGCUUUCAUGCCAGAGUUUCUGAACGGCUGCCAAGGAGUGGACUCCAAUCAACGGGCCGUUCUCGCACGCAACUUCAAGCUUGAACAGGACCUGCCGUCAUUCACUCAAAGUGUGCAGAGACUGGUGAAUGACCUCCGCUACUAUAGACUGUGUAAUAGUAGUUUGCCCACUGGCACCAUCAAGCUAUAGCACAACUGCUUGAACCACUCCACAUGUCGGCUGUGAUCUUCUAAGACUGCCUAUGCUGAACACUCUGCCCGUCACUCCUCCACUUCAGCUUGGCUCCACUCAAAGCAACUGCAAGGAGCAAAACACACAUUUCUUGGUUGAGUAAUGGGAGAGUGAGCAUGCUGCUGAUAACGGUCUUUAAUGAAUGAAUGAAUGAAUCCUACUGUAAAAGGUUGGCACGUUGGUAUGUUUCUUGGUGUCCUCCUUAGUGUCUUGCCAAUUUGGUGAGGAAAUGUAAACCUGGUCUGCAGUCUGCAUCUGUCCAGACCCGGAGCUGUCUGAGCCAGGCCUUCUCUCCCAUUCUGCCUCAACAAAGCUGGGCUGGGACUGAGCACUUUCAACUCAUUUUGAGUUUUUUAUUGUCUGCUAAUAUUCGUUUUGCCUUUUUCAUCUCCAAAGGAGACAGAAUCUCAACUUAAGAUCUUUCAUAUCAUUCCAUUCUGAAAACGUGAAAACUGCUUGAUUAAUAAAUUGCUUUUUUUU